AUCUUUGGGCCGCAUAUUACCAUUAAAUUGUACGUACUUUCAAGCCUCCAUAAUGCAGAAGUAUGGUAGAUAUUAGUUUCACUAAUUUCUGUUUUCUCUGUGCACUAAACAAGGAUAAAACCACUCAAUGAAUAAGAGACAUUUAGUAUAUGAUAUAUAGACCCAUCCUAGAAGGAUGGCAUUAAGGAAUACCACUCUAUUUCAUCCUUACUCUUUCCUUCUCCUGUGAAUUCUUGGGUUGGAAAAUAUGUAUCUCUGGAUUGGUUUUCUUUUCUUUGCUGUGUUCCUGACAGCUGUCCUUGGGAAUAUCACCAUUCUUUUUGUGAUUCAGACUGAGAGUAGUCUCCAUCAGCCCAUGUUCUACUUCCUGGCCAUUCUGUCAUCUAUUGACCUGGGCCUGUCUACAUCCACCAUCCCUAAAAUGCUUGGCAUCUUCUGGUUUACCCUGCAAGAAAUCUCCUUUGAAGGAUGCAUUACCCAAAUGUUUUUCAUCCACCUGUGCACUAGCAUGGAAUCAGCUGUGCUUGUGACCAUGGCCUAUGAUCACAAUGUGGCCAUUUGUGACCCUCUUCGCUACACGUUGGUGCUGACAAACAAGAUGGUGUCAGUUAUAGCACUGGUCAUUCUUCUGAGAACCUUCGCCUUUGCCAUAACCUUUGUUCUACUCAUCGUAAGGCUGCCAUUCUGUGGACACCAAACUAUUCCUCACACUUAUUGUGAGCACAUGGACAUUGCCCGCCUGUCCUGUGCCAGCAUCAGGACCAACAUCAUCUAUGGCUUAUGUGCCAUCUGUAUCCUGGUCCUUGACAUCAUAGCAAUUGUCAUUUCCUACGUACAGAUUCUUCAUGCUUUAUUUCGACUCUGUUCAUGUGGUGCACGACUCAAGGUAGUCAGCACCUGUGGCUCUCAUGUGUGUGUCAUGUUGAGUUUCUAUACCCCUGCAUUUUUCUCAUUCAUGACCCACAGGUUUGGUCAGAAUAUACCUCGCUUUGUCCACACCCUUCUGGCUAAUUUCUAUGUAGUCAUUCCACCUGCUGUCAACCCUGUAAUUUAUGGUGUCAGAACAAAACAGAUUAGGGCGCAAGUGCUGAAAAUGUUUUCCAAUAAAUGAAACAUAGCUCAUUUAUAAAUAUCAGAUUGAUUAUUUUUCAAUAUCAUAAAUAAUCAUAUUUACAAUGAAAGUGGCACUAAUUUUCUAUGUCCAAAGUAAAAAUCGAACAUUUGGACAGUAUUUAGGACCAUCUUAGGGGAGGACUGAAAAAUGUGAUCAUUUUGGCCAGUGCUACCCAGAGAUUGAAAGUUAAGUUCA